AUGCAAUCAAUCAACGGCCACAGCGCCGCAUGCUGCAAUAUCCCACCGGUCGUUUCAAAAGGAUACACUCCUAAAGGUACCUAUGAAGCCAUUGGUGGUCUUAAAACUUAUGUUUCUGGGCCGCCAUCUGCGAAGAAAGCCAUACUGAUCAUCUACGAUAUUUUCGGAUACUAUCCACAAACCAUUCAAGGAGCAGAUGUUCUAGCUCAAGGAUCGGGGGAGGAGUGUCAAGUUUUCAUGCCGGAUUUCUUUGAAGGACAACCGGCGAAGAUUGAAUGGUAUCCACCUGUGACUGACGAGCAAAUGAAAUCACUCAUGGAUUGGUUCGCUCCGAGGAAACCAAAUAUUGCGAUUGAGAGAAUUCCGAGUAUUCUGAAGGAUAUUGAAGAGAAAUAUGGAGAGAAGAGCUGGGGUGCCGUGGGAUACUGCUGGGGUGGAAAAGUCAUCGCCAUAACAUCCGGUCCAGAUAGUCCAUGGAAAGUAUCAGCUCAGCUGCAUCCCGGUAUGAUGGAUGUAGAAGACGCGGGGAAGAUUACGAUUCCCCACGUGGUAUUAGCAUCGGAGGAAGAAAGGAAAGAUAUGGAUGCUUAUGAGAAAGAGUUGAAGGUGGAGAAAUAUGUUGAGACGUUUGAGGAUCAGGUACAUGGAUUUUUGAGCGCGAGAGCGGAUGUGGAGGAUGAGGUGAAGAGGAGGGAAUAUGAGAGGGCUUAUGGGGUUUUGGUGGAGUGGUUUGGAAAGUUUUUCUCACCGGGAGUAACUUCAAGAGAAAAACGACCGUGCACUAGCUCCCUCCAUUGCGAUGUCAGUCCACUCCACUCCAAGAACGCAAUAACGAGCAAUUUGGUCAGCGGAUACCUCUCAACAUAUCAAAUCCACCUCAGAAUCAACAAGAUGAUACCCUCGACCAUGUUUCUUCGCACAGCGCGCAUGGUUUUCCCGGCUUUUGCACGAGUUCAAAGUACACAAUUGGCUGGCGCAAGAUGUUUUGCUUCGAUGCAGAUGGCGAAGAGACCAACAUUGGCUUUGAUGGAGAAGGUGAAGGAGAGUGCGAGUUUGGGCGCGAGUGGAAAGGGGGCAGAACAAGUUAGAGGCAUGAAGGUUAGGAGUUCGGUGAAGAAGUUGUGUGAGGGGUGCAAGAGUGUCAGAAGAAAGGGUGGAAAGUCAGGGAAAGGACAUGUUUAUAUUAUUUGUUCGUUGAAUCCUAAGCACAAGCAGAGGCAAGGAAAAUAG